GCAUAACGGUGUUUACACUAAUUUCACCCAGGAUGAAUUUAUAAAAAAUUUUUUUUGUUUCCCUGAUAGUUUUAACAAUGGCAGACAGGUUUGAAAACCUUGAGGAGCAGUUGGAAAGAUUUAUAGAAAAUACAAGACAGCUGGGAAUUAUUGUCAGUGAUUUCCAACCGCAGGGACAGAAUGCUCUGAAUCAAAAAUUACAGACAAUGGUACAAGGGCUACAGGAGAUAGACAAGAUGAAAUCACAGAUGCAAGAUGUUCAUGUUCCUCUUGAAGUAUUUGAGUAUAUUGACCAAGGCAAAAAUCCCAACUUGUACACAAAACACUGUUUAGAGAAAGCACUAGGGAAAAAUGAACAAGUGAAGGGAAAGAUUGAUGCAUUCAAGAAGUUCAAGGCAUUGUUGGUUCUAGAGUUGAGUGAUGUGUUUCCGAAGGAGAUGGCAAACUAUCGAGCAAUGCGAGGUGAUGACAGACCUACCUGAGAUACCAUUUUACUUUUAUGUCGAUGACCAGUGCAAUAUAGACAAAAAUAAACAUGGAAAUACACUUCCAGGAGCUGUCUCUUGAAUCCAAUUGUUCUCAAAAUUGAGUAGAUGAAAUGUGAAAUAUACAGAUUUGAAGUAUAAGUUAUACAUGUGUAAUUAGACAUUUUCAUUAGUGAGACUCUCAGAGAAACGUUUUUGUGUACUUGAAGUAAAGAUAAACUGUUUUCAUUCAUAAUAUUGUAGAUACUCAAUACUGAUAAAUUAUGUUAUCAACAUUCUCUUGUAUUUUAACGUGAAUUUUAAUGUAGGAUUCAAUAUGUUUUCACAAAUCUAAAGAUUGCAGUGUAAAACUG